AUGGACGUGCUCUUUAUGGUGCUUUCGUUUGUCGCAUUGACUAAUGGUGCUACAGAACUUUUGAAAAAUCCGGAUUUCGAAAGUACAUCAUUUUCUGGAAACUGGGUUUGCAAAUCAUGUGUUGUGUCAAGUAGUACUGAUAGUUUCCAUGGAAACCUCAGUGCUAUCAUUUCACAAAGACAACAUACCUUGUCGGGGCUAGCGCAGACCAUACACGUGUCACCCGGAAACAGGUAUGUCUUCAGGGCGCAUGUCAAACUGCUGAACAUGGCACGGGGACGCAUGUUCCAUGAUGUCAAGGUUUUUGUGAAGGAAACAAUACAUGGCCAUGAUCAACAACUGGAUUUUGCUGACAGUCCCAUGGUACGAACAGACAGUGGCUGGGUAGAAGUCGGUAUUGACUUUCAGGUACCAAAUAAUGUACAGCAGGUUAAUAUAAAGCUUCAAAUUGACGAGCCUGGGGUGAACUACCUGGUUGAUUCGGCGAGUUUUAGACUACUCCCGUAUGAUGCAAAUUGGAAAGCUGAAGCCAACGCCAGGAUUAACAGUAUCAGAAAGGCUCCAAUCACUGUCAAUUUACACAAUUUGCAUGGAUCUGGCUACCAAGUGGAGAUACAGCAGACGAGGAGUAAGUUUGCUUUUGGGUCUGCAGUGUCCGCGACCAAGAUUGUCGAUUCAUCUCAGCACGCCUACCAGCAGUUCUUCUACGACAAUUUUGAGUGGAGUGUGCUGGAAAAUGCUCUCAAGUGGCGACAAAUAGAAUCGGACUCAAUCUUCGCCCUCGAAGACACACGAGACCCUUUUACCACCACAGGUCACCCUAACAUGGACAAGCCAAUGACAGCUGUGAAUGCUCUUCGUGCCAAGGGCGUAAAAGUCAGAGGUCAUAACAUGUUUUGGGGAACUCACAUACCUGAUUGGAUAAACGGAUUGGGACAGUCCACACUAAUACAAACUAUGCACACGCAUAUCAAUGACGUCAUAUCUCGCACCAGGGGGAGUCUAGAACACUGGGACGUAUAUAAUGAGAAUCUCCAUGGCAUGUUCUUUGAGAAUCAUACGGGACAUGCCAAUAUAACCAUGGAAAUGUUCAACUGGAUUCACCAGGCAGAACCGGGAGUUAAACUUUUCUUGAAUGAAUUUGCAGUGGCCUCCCGAGGACGGAUGACAACCGCCUACAAACAACAGGCUGUUGGACUAAAGAAUGCAGGAGUUCCGUUGUAUGGUAUCGGGAUCCAGUGCCAUACAAACAGUCACCUGGAUAUUACGUCAUUAAAGUACCGAUUGGACAAGAUCGCUGAAGCUGGGCUCCCUAUCUGGAUCACAGAAUUCACCGUGGAUGAAGCUGAUGAAGGAUUGAAGGCAGAUGCGCUAGAGAAUAUGAUGACUUUGUUUAUGAGUCAUCCUGCCGUGGAAGGUGUUCUGCUGUGGGGGUUCUGGGACGGAAACAUACACAAACAUAAUGCCGCUUUGGCAACUGGAUCAAAUGUACAGCCAAACGCUGCGGGAAGACGAUAUCAACAACUUUUCCAUCAAACAUGGCGGACCCACGUGACUAAAUCUGUAACCGGAAGUAUCGUGCAUGCAACAGGAUUCAUGGGAGAUUAUACUCUUAAUAUCAAACACAAUGGACAUACUGUGAAGACGCAAAACUUUACACUGGACAAAGGAGGGAACACUGUCACCGUUAACCUCUGAAAGCAUGUCUUAUUUAUGUUUUAUAUUGCUUCUGAUUCUGCCUGGCUCUCAGAUUAAAGCAAUCUGGAAUAAAAUCACAUUUCUGAUAAAAGACUUGUAA